CAUUCAUUCAUUGUGUUUGGUUUGCUUUGCUUGUCUUGUUUGGCGUGAGUGGGAAUUUUGUUUGAAAGGCAGCUAUUUUAUUAGAAAAAAAAAAAAAUAAAAUUUACGAAAGCAUUUAGCGACUUUAUAAAAUAACCAACAACGAAAAUCUAAAUUUGACACGAGCUAUGGAUGAAAUGCAAAUUGAGAACAACGCUCAAAUUGAGGGAAGUGAUGGCACUGCUGGAAGUGCGGUUGGUGGAGGAAGUGAGAAGAGAACUGAAGAGAAAGCCGGCAAUUGUUAUUGUGGCAAGGAACGUAAUCUGAAUAUUGUGGAACUAUUAUGUGCCUAUUGCAGUCGUUGGUUUCACGAGUCAUGCAUUGGCUACCAAUUGGGUAAGCUGGUACCGUUUAUAACAAACUAUGUGUUUGUUUGCAAAAACUGUUCACCGAGUGGAUUGGAAAAUUUUCGUAGAUCUCAAGCCACCAUACCCCAAAUGUGCAUCACUGCCAUUGCCAAUAUGCGUAACAACAGCAGCAAAGAAGGCAAACCGAAAAACCUAUUCAGCAAAGACAAAGAAAUAAUACCCUUCCUGGAACAGUAUUGGGAAUCAAUGACUACAAUGCCGCGCAGAGUUACCCAGUCGUGGUAUUCAACGGUACAACGUUCCUUACUAAAAGAUGUUCAAAUUACCUUCACCUACGAGGAACAUCCCGAGCAUGGCGCCAUGUUUGGUCUGAUGAUGCCGGAUUUGUCACAAAUCAAACCAAAUUAUGAGGCAAUGACAAAAAUGGGUGCUUUGAGAUUAACCGAAGAUGGUUAUGCACAAGCUUCCCUCUCGAAGAACAAUCGCCAGAAUAAACGGAAAUUCCCCGGCACCGAUUCUGGUCCGACAGGCAAAAAAGGUCGCCCCAGUUCAGAUAUUACAGCCAACGUCAAAUUACCCGCCCAUGGUUACCCGCUGGAGCAUCCAUUCAAUAAAGAUGGCUAUCGUUACAUACUUGCUGAACCAGAUCCCCAUGCUCCGUUUCGUCAGGAAUUCGAUGAAUCAUCCGAUUGGGCUGGCAAACCCAUACCGGGUUGGCUGUAUCGUACAUUAGUACCGAACAGUGUCCUACUGGCUCUGCAUGAUCGUGCCCCACAAUUGAAAAUAUCCGAAGAUCGAUUGGCUGUAACUGGAGAAAAGGGUUAUUGCAUGGUGAGGGCAACACAUUCUGUUAAUCGUGGCCGAUGGUAUUACGAGGUUACAAUAGAAGAAAUGCCCGAAGGAUCGGCAACACGCAUGGGUUGGGGCCAAGAAUAUGGUAACCUGCAAGCUCCAUUGGGCUAUGACAAAUUCGGCUACUCAUGGCGAUCACGCAAGGGGACACGUUUCAGCGAAAGCCAUGGCAAACAUUACAGUGAGGCCUAUGUCGAGGGAGAUACAUUGGGAUUUUUAAUUGAUCUUCCGGAGGAAAGAGAAGUGGAUUAUUUACCAAAUACAUUUAAGGAUAGGCCUUUGGUGAAAUUUAAAUCACAUUUAUACUAUGAGGAUAAGGAUAAAAUCCAGGAAACGCUAAAAGGUUUACGCGUAGCUCCCGGCAGUAAAAUCGAAUUCUUCAAAAAUGGCCAAUCUCAAGGUGUGGCAUUUAGUGAUAUCUAUGCUGGCUCAUACUAUCCCACAAUAUCAAUACACAAGAGUGCAACAGUUAGUGUUAAUUUUGGACCAAGCUUUAAAUAUCCCGAGGUGCUAAACAAUUGCAAAGCCAAAGGGAUGUAUGAACGUGUUGAGGAACUUAUUUGUGAACAGUCCCUGUCUGAUUUAUUAUAUUUAACAGAGAAUGAGGGUAGAUUACGCUUGGAUAAUUUUAAUAUAUAGACGUAAGUUGACCGAGUCAUUAUUUAAGAAUAAAAGAAGAAAAGAAAGAAACAACAAGUUAUUGUUAAAAUGGA